AUGGCUGGAAGGUUUGGAUGUUUCUUGUGGUAUAAAUCAAAACUAAAGUUUCAAACUGCUACUGUAAAAGAAAAUUUGGUAUCAAUAAUUAUUGACGAGAUGUCAAUAAAACAAUUUAUUUCCUAUAAUUCACAAAAUGAUACAUUUUAUGGAUAUGAAGAUUUUGGAUCUGAAAUUUUUGAAGAUUUAAAAACUUUAAAACAUGGUAACCAGGUGUUGGUUGUGAUGGUUAAGAGUUUAACAUUACCUUGGAAACAAAUACUUGGUUUCUUUAUAGCAAGUGGUUCAGUUGCAGGAGAUCGACUCAAGUGCAUAGUAGAGUACACUAUAACAAAAUUAAGUGAAUGUGGUCUUAUUCCAAAAGUGGUAAUUUGCGAUCAAGGAUCAAAUAAUCUAAAAAUGAGGAAAUUAUUGAAUGUUACAAAAGAAAAACCUUUUAUAACAUACAACAAUGAAAAUGUAUUUUUUAUGCAUGAUUCCCCACAUUUACUGAAAUCAGUAAGAAACAAUUUUAAAAAAUAUACUUUUGAAAAUGCAAAUGAAUUAUACAGUUGGAGAGAUAUAGAAGAUUUUUAUAAAGUGGAUUGUAAUAAUAAACCAAGAUUAGCAAGGAAGUUAAAAAAAAGUAAUUUGGAUCUACCCCCUUUUUCACCAAUGCGAGUAUGUCUAGCAACCCAAACUUUAAGUAAUUCGGUGAGUGCUGGUAUUUUGACUUUAGUAUCAUUCAAUAAAUUAUCAGCUAGAGCAGCAUAUACAGCCAAAUUUGUUAAAUUUUUUAAUGAUUUGUUUGAUGUUUUUAAUAGCAUAAAAUUAAAUGAGCCUAUUGUUUUAAAAAGACCAUUAACUAAAAACUCUUUACAUUGGGAUUUUUUCAAAAAAGCUUUAAAAUUUUUAUCAGAGUUGAAAAUAAACAAUAAAAGAGGAAGUUUACCACCUUGUAUAAUAGGCUGGCAAGAAAAUAUUAUUUUUGUGCAAAUGUUGUUUAAAGAAUUAAAUGAAAAAUAUGGUAUUGAAUACUUGUUAAUGAGACGCUUGACCCAAGAUUGUAUUGAAUCAUUAUUUUCAGUUUUAAGAGCUAAAGGAGGUAAUAACUUAACACCAGAUGCAUCAAAAAUUCAAUCAGCAAUCCGUAUGAAUAUGUGUAAUAUGCUUAUUAGUCCUUCAAAUAAUGCCAACUGCGAAAAAGAUGCUUCUGAAUUUUUGGCUUUAUCAAAAGACAUAAAAACUUCAAUUAUCACAUUAGAUAGAUCAUAUAAUGAAUCAGAAGAAAUAGAAAAUAUUGAUGAUUACUAUAGUUCAAUGAAUAUUGAGUAUAUUUUAAUGAAGGAUGAAACUGCAAAUAGUGUCGCUUAUGUAACAGGUUGGGUUUGUAGUCAAUUGGAUCAUAAACCAUGUAUUGAAAAACUGGCCACUAAGGAUACUAAUAAAAAAUUUGAUCUUGAUAAUACACACAUUGGUAUAAAGGAAUAUGAUGGCUGCAGUUUACUUUAUCCUCUUGCCAAAACAUUGGAAUUUACUAAAAAUGUUUCUGCACUUUUUCAUGCAAACAUUGAAAACCUUAUUCUAAAAAAAAAAUGUAAUUUAAAAAAGGAUCUUAAACUUAUUAUAAGCCAUAUUUGUAAAAGGUACUCACUAAGUAUAUGUGAAGACUGCAAUUCUAAAUUUUUGGAUAAAUUUUUAAAUGUGAGUAUUAAUUGCUAUGUGAAGAAAUGCAAUGAUUCAUUCAACCAAUAUAAAUGUUCAAAAAAUAAAAAGUUGAAAAAAGUAGUUCACGUUUGA